ACUUUUCAUUGGAGGCACUGUCGCGUCCCCAAAGCCAUCACUAUAAAACUAAACGCAAGCGUGCUUUGCUUUGUUUCUUUCAGAUCCUUCAUUACGCUCUCCGGUCCCUCGAUCUACAAAUUCCUCCGGUAGUGCUGAUUUAGUUUGAACCAAGUAAGAUGGGAGGUGGUUUUAGGGUGCUCCAUCUUGUCAGGCCUUUCCUUUCCUUUCUCCCUGAAGUUCAGAGUGCCGACAGGAAAGUUCCAUUCAGAGAGAAGGUGAUAUACACUGUGAUUUCUCUUUUCAUUUUCUUGGUAUGCAGUCAGCUCCCACUCUAUGGCAUACACUCAACAACUGGUGCAGAUCCAUUCUAUUGGAUGCGUGUUAUCCUUGCUUCAAAUCGUGGUACUGUCAUGGAACUUGGAAUUACCCCAAUUGUGACAUCUGGACUUGUGAUGCAACUUCUUGCUGGAUCAAAGAUUAUUGAAGUUGACAAUAAUGUACGCGAAGAUCGUGCCCUCCUAAAUGGUGCACAGAAGUUGUUGGGUAUUCUCAUAGCAAUUGGUGAAGCAGUUGCUUAUGUUCUCUCAGGGAUGUAUGGUAGUGUUGGUCAACUUGGAGUAGGAAACGCCAUUCUUAUUAUCAUUCAGCUCUGCUUUGCUGGUAUCAUUGUGAUAUGUUUGGAUGAACUCCUCCAGAAGGGCUAUGGUCUGGGCUCUGGAAUCUCCCUUUUCAUAGCAACCAAUAUCUGUGAAAAUAUCAUUUGGAAAGCAUUUAGUCCUACCACCAUUAACAGUGGAAGAGGAGCUGAAUUUGAAGGUGCUGUUAUAGCUUUAUUCCAUCUCUUGAUAACUAGAACAGACAAGGUCCGUGCUCUUCGCGAAGCCUUUUACCGGCAGAAUCUGCCUAAUGUGACAAACCUGCUUGCUACAGUCUUGAUUUUCUUAAUCGUGAUCUACUUCCAAGGGUUCCGUGUUGUUUUGCCUGUGCGGUCAAAGAAUGCCCGAGGACAACAGGGUUCAUAUCCAAUUAAAUUGUUCUACACCUCAAACAUGCCCAUCAUCUUGCAAUCUGCACUCGUCUCCAACCUGUACUUCAUCUCCCAGUUGCUGUAUAGGAAAUACAGUGGAAACUUUCUUGUGAAUCUCUUGGGUACAUGGAAGGAAUCUGAAUACUCUGGCCAAUUUGUACCUGUGGGUGGCCUUGCAUAUUAUAUAACAGCACCAUCCAGCUUAGCUGAUAUGGCAGCCAAUCCUUUCCAUGCGUUGUUCUAUCUUGUGUUUAUGUUGUCAGCUUGUGCACUAUUUUCAAAAACAUGGAUUGAAGUUUCUGGAUCAUCUGCUAAAGAUGUUGCCAAGCAACUUAAGGAACAACAAAUGAUUAUGCCUGGACAUAGGGAGGCAAACUUACAGAAAGAGCUGAACCGCUAUAUCCCCACAGCCGCAGCAUUUGGCGGUAUGUGUAUCGGAGCACUGACCGUGUUGGCAGAUUUCAUGGGGGCUAUUGGUUCAGGGACUGGAAUUCUGCUUGCGGUGACUAUCAUUUAUCAGUAUUUCGAGACGUUUGAGAAGGAAAGAGCCAGUGAGCUUGGCUUCUUUGGUUUUUAAGGCUAUGGUGUGUUAUGAGUAACUAGUGCCCGUGAGCAGUAAUUUUUUGAUAGAGCUGAAGAUGUAUGUAGGCCCCUUUUAACACAGAGGUUCAAGUUAGAAUUUAGCCCUAGUUGGUGAGGAAUUACAAUCUGCAUGCAUCUCUUGAAAAUGUAAUGCUUGUUUUUGUUUUUUAUUUCUGACUUCCCUUCUGGAUCAUUGGAUCUACUUGAGUGUAACUCCGUUAGAUCCUGGGAAUCUUACUUCUUUUGAACAAUACUGGGUGAAGCUUGUAAACAGACAUUCAAGAAAACAGAUUAGAGUUUUUAGUUACUGUUUAUUUAAGUAAAAUUUCAAACC